AUAUUUCACACCAGAUUGCAUCGUCUCUCUAGCUAUCAGGCUCUUAUUUAGCGCCAACACUUUGCCUGUUUUUUGGCCCCCUCUUCUCUUUUUAGGCUUUCUCGGAUGUGCCUUGCUUCACUUUGGAGCAAAGCUCAGAUAUGAAAAAAAACAGCAACUGCAGUUUACAUGAGCUAUGGCAGUCCUAAAGAAGAAUCGAAGUCUUUGGAUUUUCAGACUUUCCAUUUCCAAUCAUGGCAUUUUAUUCUUUCUGCUUUUUACACUCCAUGGCUUGCCGUACGUCACUGCGCAAUUCAGAACUGUGCCACCCGGUCCUCUACCGGAUGACGAGUUUAACACACAGGGGCCCACAUUCAACCCGAAAAUGGCUAUUGUCAUGGUGGUGUUGAUCAGUGUAUUCUUUUUAAUGGGAUAUUGCUCUGUUUACUUCCGACAGUGUUACCAGCGGCGUUCACACCGUAGCGAUGGCGAGCCUUAUGCCGUCUUUCUUAGAGGAACCAACUACCUUUCCCGUAGAAUUACACGCGGACUCGAUGCAUCCGUUAUCAGCACGUUUCCCACCUUUCUCUACUCCACUGUUAAAGGGCUUAAAAUCGGCAAGGGCUCGUUAGAAUGCGCCGUUUGCCUAAACGAAUUUGAAGACGACGAAACACUGCGUUUAAUACCCAAGUGUAGCCAUGUGUUUCAUACUGACUGUAUAGAUGCUUGGCUAGCUUCGCAUCACACGUGUCCCGUUUGCCGCGCAAAUUUGGUCCCUCAACCCGGUGAAAUUGCGUCCAGCAUCAUUCAAGUAUUUGACACGGAUAACGGUUCGGGUGAAUCGGAAUGGAGUUCCAAUGAUCGUGAGGGAAUUUCCCGGGUUGAGGAUAGCAGAGACGUAGAAUCUCAAGAGGUGAAUUUGAUGAAUCAAAAUAGGCCGCCACGAAAAUCGAAAUCAACAGGUUGGAGACUGGCCGGUUUAUUUCCACGAUCACACUCGACGGGUCACUCGUUGGUUCAACCGGGUGAAAAUUGUGAGAGGUUUACACUAAUAUUACCGGCGGAGGUAAGAAACGAGUUAAUGAACUCGAAUCUAACAAGAAGCAAGAGCUGCGUGGUGCUUCCGAGAGAGAGGAGUACAAGGAGGGGGUUUAGGAGUGGAAGUGGAAGACUCGGGCCCUUAAACUACGAACGGUUCGACCGGUCAACUCGGUCUGGCCGCAGGGGUUUUAGGAUUCCAAAUGUUUGUGAUGAGGUGACGUGCACGGAACCGAACUUGCAGGAUAGAAGUCAUAAUAAUGACGGUGAUCGAUCAUUUGAGCGGCUCCCUCCGGUCCAGUCUACAAAGUAGGUUAGUUAUCAAAUUAAUCUUGGGAUUGACCCAUUCAGAUUUAUGUGUAGUACAUAGGAAUAUAGUUUAUGAAUUUCUUUUGAUUUGUUUUAUUUUGCUGAAAAAAAUGAAAUAAGAUUGUGGUUUCUUUUGA